AUGGCUACGCUAAUUCCACCGCCCUCGAAGAAACAGAAGAAGGAGGCCCAGCUGCCUCGAGAGGUCGACAUCGUUCCCAAGGAUUUGCCUGAUGUGCUGAUUAAGUUCCAGGCGUCGGACUCGGGCGAGACCGUGGGAAGCUCUAUUAGAGUGCCUGGAGGCAUCACAGAAAGACAGCUCGAGGAAUUACUGAACCAACUCCAGAACAACACGGAUGAACCAGUCGCAUACUCAUUUGCCGUCCAGAAUGGCGAGAACCUCAUAGAUGUGAAAGAAAACCUCUACUUUUCAGUGCUCAAGCCCGGAAUCAAAACCACAGAGGACACCCUUACACUGGUUUUCACCCCCAGGGCCAUCUUCAAGGUGCGUCCGGUGACGAGGUCUGCGGGGACCAUCAGUGGACACGGGGCCACUAUUCUGGCAGCCCAGUUCCCGCCAAACACCAGCGGCUACUUCGUGACCGGUGCGGGCGAUUCCACCGCUAGACUUUGGGACUGCCACACGCAGACGAUCAAGGCCACCAUGAGUGGCCAUUCUAACUGGGUUCUUUGUGUUGCGUACUCUCCAUUCGGAGACGUUGUUGCUACUGGCUCGAUGGAUGGCAGUGUGCGGCUCUGGGAUGGCAAGACUGGAGCCCCAAUCGGAUCCUCGCUUACUGGCCACUCAAAAUUUGUGUCUUCCCUAGCCUGGGAGCCAGCACAUUUGGUUCAACCAGGAGACAGCCCGCGGCUUGUUUCUGCCUCCAAGGAUGGUACAUUGAGAUUAUGGAACACAGCUCUGAAGCGUUGCGAGAUGACGCUUUCUGGCCACUCGUCGUCGGUCUCAUGUGUCAAAUGGGGUGGCACCAAUCUCAUAUAUUCCGGAUCUCACGAUAAAACUAUCAAAGUUUGGGACGCCAAAGAGGGCAAGUGCGUUCAGACUCUUAAGGCGCAUGGACAUUGGAUUAAUCACAUAGCGCUUUCGACGGACUUUGCCCUUAGAAGCGGACCGUUUGACCAUACGGGAACCGCGCCAAAAGACGACACAGAAAGACAGGCCAGAGCCCUGAAAAACUAUGAAAAAGUGGCCAAAGUGGGCGGGAAAAUUGUCGAGAGAAUGGUUUCCGCAAGUGACGAUUUUACCAUGUUCCUUUGGGAGCCGGCAAAAUCCAACAAGCCGAUCUGCCGUAUGACGGGCCACCAAAAACUGGUCAACCAUGUCUCUUUCUCGCCGGACGGCCGCUACAUCACGUCUGCCUCGUUUGACAACUCGGUUAAGCUGUGGGAUGGACGGGAUGGAAAGUUUCUAGCUACUUUCCGCGGCCAUGUUGCAGCUGUCUACCAAACAGCGUGGUCCUCUGAUAAUAGAUUACUGGUGAGUUGCUCCAAGGACACCACCCUCAAAGUCUGGGAUGUGCGCACCAGAAAAUUGCUUUCAGAUUUGCCCGGCCAUGCAGAUGAGGUUUAUGCGGUCGAUUGGAGUUUAGACGGGGCCAGAGUGGUGAGUGGUGGUAAGGAUAAAAUGGUGCGCAUCUGGACUCACUGAUUAGGUAAUCAGAAAAAUUGGAAAAUAAAGUUGGUAAUUUCCACCAUGACUAAAGUGUCACUGAUAGUGGCAGCGCUGGUUCCCAAGUACGGAAUUGGCUACAAGGGCCAGCUGCCGUGGGCAUUGAAGGAGGAAAUGCGGUAUUUUCGCAGAAUUACAACGCAGACGGCAGAUAAAAAUAAGAAAAACGCGGUUGUAAUGGGCAGGAAAACUUGGGAAUCGAUCCCGGAACGGUUCCGUCCUUUGAAAGGAAGAGUAAAUGUGGUUCUUACGCGUGAUUUGAGCGCGUUUUCAAGCAAAUAUUCCGAGGAAGUGGCGAAGCAUGGGAAUAAUGUCAAAAUAGCAGAUUCUCUAAAAAGCGCGCUCCAGACGCUGGACAUGGACAUCAUUGAGGAGGUUUUUGUGAUUGGCGGAGCUGAGCUCUAUAACGACGUGCUUCGAACCACGCCAGAGCUGGUGGAUAGACUCCUUUUGACGGAAGUCAGCACCGAGAAGGAACUAGAAAUGGAUGCCUUUAUAAACGUCGGAUCGCUCUGGAAAAGGGACGACCCGCAGGUGUGGAAGUCGUAUCUGGCCAGCAAAGGGCUUGAAAACGAGUUCUCACAAGACAACCGCGAGGCUGACUUCCAGUUCAGCUACCAUAUCUAUAGUCGGUGUUAGGUGUGUACGAGGGUUUCACGUGAUGUGACCUGUGCCCUAAGAAAACUUUUGCUCGAAUAAAAU